AUGAGUUUGGGCUUCUUUUUUUUCUUCUUCUUCUUCUCUUGGAGCUGUUUUGUUUUUGCUGUGCGUGUCGGGAAAAGAAGGGAAAAUCAUUUGGAGAAUUCCAAAUCCGUGAAGGUGUCAAUGUGGCACUCCUGACGGAUGAUAUUAAAUCCUGCACUGGAGCGACCAUCAUCAUCAUCACCAUCAUUAUCUUCAUUAUCAUCUGCAGGACUACCAGUAACCAGCCGGUCAUUUCCUCUUGCUGCGGAAACGUCAGCGCGUCUGUUCGCCUCCAAAUUCAGACGGUUUAUUUUCUUCUUUUUGUUUUUUGGCAGCCGGACAUACACGACUCGAUUCUCGUCUCUUACACUUCGGCCUCGUUCCUUUAUUUAGUGGAUGCACCGAUGAGAGAUCCGGUUUUCACGGGGACCGGCGCUAUGGCUUAUCACCCGUUCCACGCGCACCGGCCCGCCGACUUCCCCGUGUCGGCGUUCCUUGCUGCGGCGCAGCCCGCCUCCUUCUUCCCGACCCUCGGGCUGCUCCCCAAGCCGCUGGCUGAGCACGCUCUGUCCGGAGCCGCGGAGGCGGGCCUGCACGCAGCGCUGCACGGUCACCAUCAUCACCACUCUCACCCGCAGCAGCAGGCGGCCGCUGCCGCGCACCUCCGCGCACUAAAGAGCCUCGAGCCCGAGGAGGAGGUUGAAGACGACCCCAAAGUGACCCUCGAGGCCAAGGAGCUGUGGGAUCAGUUUCAUAAAAUCGGCACUGAAAUGGUUAUCACCAAGUCGGGGAGGAGAAUGUUUCCUCCGUAUAAAGUGCGUGUAAACGGUCUGGAUAAAAAGGCCAAAUACAUCCUGCUGAUGGACAUCGUGGCGGCGGACGACUGUCGCUAUAAAUUCCACAACUCGCGCUGGAUGGUGGCGGGGAAAGCGGACCCGGAGAUGCCCAAGCGCAUGUACAUCCACCCGGACAGCCCUGCCACCGGGGAGCAGUGGAUGGCCAAACCGGUCACCUUCCACAAGCUCAAACUCACCAACAACAUCUCCGACAAACACGGAUUCACUAUCCUCAACUCGAUGCACAAAUAUCAACCCAGGUUCCAUAUUGUUCGAGCCAACGACAUCCUGAAGCUUCCCUACAGCACGUUCAGGACCUACGUGUUUCCAGAAACAGACUUCAUAGCAGUCACUGCCUAUCAAAACGACAAGAUCACUCAACUCAAAAUCGACCACAAUCCUUUCGCCAAAGGAUUCCGAGACACGGGCAAUGGCAGGAGAGAGAAAAGAAAACAGUUGAGUUUGCCAGCUCUGCGUGUGUAUGAUGAGGCGUGUGUGAAAGGAGACGAAGCGGAAUCUGACGCUUCAUCCUGCGAGCCGCCGAGCAGCAGAGAGCCGCUUCACUCUCCUUUAGGGUCCGCGACAAGCCCCCUGAAGUUCAACCGCUCCAGUCGAGAUGAGAAAAACUCCACUGAGAGUGACCAAGAGUUUGAGCACCAGGAUCAAAUGUCUGUAGGAAUGAGUAGUCCUGGUACACACACAGCAUCUCCCUUUAAGUCGACCACCGAGGAAAGAUUCAAGGACAAACCCGACCUCGAGAAGAAAGAAGACUACGUGGACUCGAGUAAAGAAAGCGAGUCUGCUUUCAGCAUCAGAAACCCUGAAAAGGAAAAAUCCGAGAGAGGCAACCCAAAAGAGUCGGAUCCACCCAGAAAGGAGGGCAAGGAACACUUUACCCCACUUCUUAUCCAAACAGAGGGUCCAUCAUCCUUCACUGCCAAUCACCUACAGAGCCUGGCACUGUCCGGCCUUCACGGUCAGCAUCUAUUCAACCCACUGAGUGCAGCAGGGCACCCAUUGCUGUUUCACCCGAGCCAGUUUGCCAUGGCAUCCGGGGCCUUUUCAACCAUGGGCAUGGGGCAUUUGUUGGCAUCAAUGUCAGGGGCAAGUGCCCUGGAAAAUGGAGGCCUGUCACCUCAGGGAGCUGGAACACCCGGAUCCUUCCCGUUCCACCUUUCGCAACACAUGCUCGCAUCUCAGGGUAUCUCCAUGCAGCCCUUCGGCAGCCUGAUUCCGUAUCCGUACACGUACAUGGCGGCGGCCGCAGCCGCUGCGGCUUCGAGUCUCCCAGCCGGCGGCGUGGCGUCAUGUCUCAGCCGCAGCGCUUUACUGAGCGGCUCGCGGCCCAGACUGCGUUUCAACCCAUACCAGAUCCCGCAGAGCUCCAGCCUGCUGAGCGCCGGACUCCCUGCUGGGGAUCAUCCAGACUCAAACUCGGGCUCUUCCUCCAAACCAGGCAGCAGGGAAGGAAGUCCCGCACCAGGGCCCCACGGAUCCCCACACACACCUGCCAAAGAGGCCGUGAACGAACUGCAGAGCAUCCAGAGGCUGGUGAGCGGCCUGAAGAAACAGAGGGACGCGUCUCCAAGCCGAGAGUCUCCAAAAUGACAUAACAAAGGCGCGUCCUAAUGGGUUUUGGAUGCAAAAAAAAAAAAUGCAUGAAUUUGCACCAAAACUGCAUUUGGGUAAGAAAUAGAUAUGGCGUGCAAAAGGUCUGGGAUGUGGAGAACUUUGGGGGUUGCUGUAUUUUGGAUACUCGAGACUGCAAAUGUUUAAAAUCCAGAUUUAAGUGUAUUAAACACUGAACUUAUCCUGAACCUAGUGGAUGAAGAUACAACCUACAUCAACACAUCACCAAAUCACCACUCCUAUCUGGGACUUGUUCCUUUUUUUUUCUAAUUAUUUAUAUGUAAUAUUCUGAAGAUCAAAAUAUGUAUGUAAAUAAGUCGAAUGGGUUAAAGAACAUGCGUUUUAAUUUAUUAAGACUGUACAAAAGCGUGUAAAUAUUAUCCAGGUUUGCAAUUUGUUACGUUUAUAUUUGCCCCAAUUACCUGAGUGUAUAGGAAUAUUAUCUCUUAGCGCUUGUUUGUAUGGAACCCGAGUGUGUGUGUGUGUGUGUGUGUGUGUGCGCGCGCUUUCUGCUUGCAAGGCUGAAUUUCAUACAUCUUAUUGCGUUGCGAUUUUUUUUUUUAAUACAGCGAUGCACUAACAGGGAAAUCUCAGGUUUUUAUUUUCUUCUUCUUCUUGUUUUUUUUUUUUUUUUAAAUAUAUCUGUGCUGGAGAAAGUCUUUAAAAGAUCCUCUACUAUUUUUUUGGACAUUCUCGGGUAAAUAGUGGUUUUGUUGCAAUUUUUUUGUGUUUCAAUAAAAGAGGAAGGUGUUGCACA